AUGUUGUCUUUGGAUCGGCACACAACCUCAAGUCCUGAGGUUGAAAUAGAAUUAGCAAAACAUAUUGGAAAGUUGGAAGAAAGAUUUUUUGGGGUAACGAUUUGUGAUUUUCGACAAUUCGCUUUCCAAAAAACUGUUCGGAAUGAUACUACACACCGUGUUAAUAUCAGCAAAGAAAUGGCGGGAAAAGGAUGGUAUUAUUCUUCCUUGAACCGACAUCCUAAACUGUCACUUAGACUACCAGAGAAAAUCUCCAUGGCUAGAGCAACUAGAUUCAACCAAAAAAACGUCAAUAAGUUUUUCGACAUUUUAGUAGAAUGUGUUGAUGAAAACGGUUUCACGGCUCAAACCAUUUAUAAUGUUGAUCAAAGUGGAAUUUCAACUGUUCGGAAACGAAAUCAAAAGAUAAUUGUAAGUAAAGCAAAACACCAAGUUGGAGGUAUAAAAAGUGGUGAAAGGGACGUAAACACUGUGUCGUUUGUGCCAGUGCUGCCGGUCAAACUGUACACUCAUGAUCAUUUUUGA